AUGCCGCCGAAACGGAAAUCAAAUGGAAAAACGCCAGCGAACGGUAAAAAGGGCGCAAAGAAGGCUAGGAAAGAGUCAAGUUCAGAGCACGAACAUAGUGCUUCAGAAGGUGAAGAAACUACUGGAUUCGAUAAGUCGUCACUUCAACGAUGUGUGAAUUUUGAUUUCGAAGCUCUGAUGAAUGAUCCGUCUUUCCAACAUCCCGAAUUUGUACAUACAAUGGACCCAGAAGCUUUAAAUUUGGAGUUCUACGACAAAAAUGGACUUGACAACCCGAUACAUUUCCGAUGUGAUCCAAAAAGAAUAGGAAUGACACUUCCCUCACCAGAUUUCUCAGUGGAUGAUGUCCUCGAACUGGUAGGCGGAAAUCGAAUGAUAGAAGUUGUUCAAGUCCAGAAUCAAGGAAGUGUGAAAAUGUCGUUACAGGAAUUUAUAAACUUCUACAAAACGCCACAAGAAAAACGAGAAGUACUGUACAAUGUUCUAUCUCUAGAAUUUUCCCAAACUCCCUUAGAAGAUCUCGUAAAAUCUCCAGAACUUGUUCGUCAAAUCGACUGGGUUGGAAACCAGUGGCCAGAUGCUCUGCGCCAGAGGUGGAUCUCAUUCAACGGAAGAGACAAAAAAUUCUACAAUCCGCAUCAUACUUUUCCAAAAGUUCAAAACUACUGCCUGAUGAGCGUAGCGAACUGUUAUACAGAUUUUCACAUUGAUUUUAGUGGAACAUCUGUGUGGUAUCAUGUACUGAAAGGUCGUAAAGUCUUUUGGUUGAUUCCACCAACCGAAACCAACUUUUUUAUUUAUCAAGAAUUUAUUAAAACUGUCAACGAUAAUGCGUUCUUUGGAAAGUCGGUCGAAAAGUGCCACGUGGCUAUCUUGGAGCCAGGAGACACGAUGCUAAUUCCAAGUGGAUGGAUUCAUGCCGUAUAUACUCCAGAUGAUAGUCUCGUUUUUGGAGGCAAUUUUCUUCACUCACAAUCAUGCAAAACACAAUUAAGAGUUUAUCAAGUUGAAAAUAAGUUGAAUAUCACUAGAAAAUUUCGCUUACCGUACAAUGAAGAACUUAUUUUCUACGUUAUAGCUGAUUAUGUAAAACAAUGGACAGGAAGAGAAUAUGUGAGACCACUUCGAAUCGAAGAUGCAAAAUAUGACUAUGUUGGAGACAAAUGGAAAACCGCUGGUGGCCAUCAUAAGAAAAUCGAAUACUCAGAUUACGAAACUGGAGUUGAAUUGACAAACGAUAUGAUUAAAGGAGACGAGGAAUCCACAAAAGAUGAAGUUAAAGUGAUUGCAAUGCACGCGGAGAAUUCACUAUUUGGUUAUCCUAUGGUCAGCAAAGCAACGUUUUCAGCUGACACGGGUCUUGAAGAAGAAGCUGACGAAGAUGAAGUCAAGUAUCAAGAAACUAAAGAAGAAAUGGAUGCUCGACGCGAUGCUGAAAUCGAUGAACUAGCUAAUUCAAAUUCAUUAAUUUUCUACAAGAACCGUACGCACGAUUUUGUUCGAAAUAAAUGCGUGCCGGACCACAAACUUCCAAUUGGACACGAGCCGCCAAUCUACUUUAACGAUGAUGAGAUUUCUAGGAUAUCCCCUCGACUUUUGGAUGAACUUGAAACUCUUGGCACUUAUAUUCGUCGAAAAGCACGUGUCGAAGUGGCUGAAGGAAUAUGCCAGCCAGCGUCUCUCAUUAACACAUUCCAAACUGUUUUGAAAAAAAGACGUUCUGAAUUGACAGGGAAGAAAUUUGAAUUCAACCAGAUAAUGCCUCGAAGAUAUACUCGAUCCACCAUGGAAACCGGUGAAUAUGACUUCCAGCCGACGCAAGAAGUACCACAAGAAUCUGCGAGAAGAAGCACAAGAUUCAAAGUUGAUAACUUUCCCGAUGAGCUUUUAGAAUCGGAAGUGACUGAUAAGCCUAUUAUAUUGCCUCAACAACCAUCAUCAGGACCUCUCGAAUAUCUUCCUGCACCCAAAGAUGAAAUUAAAGAGGAUAUUAAUGGUUUUGAAGAAGAAUUUGAGGAGGAAUAUGAAGGAAUUGGGCAACGUGAUGAUCAGGAGGAAGAGGAAUACGAUGCCGAAGAGCCGGAAGAUCAAGAGGAGGAAGAAGAAGAUGAAUAUCAAGCCGAAGAAUAUACUCCAACUCCAGUUACAAGACGUUCUAGUUCAAGACGUUCAGGUGCUAAAAAUGAUGAAUCAGAAGAAGUGUCAGUAAAGAAGGACAAAAAGGAAAAGAUGGAGAAAGUUGAAAAAGACGAGAAGAGAAGGAAUUCGAAGAGUAAGAAAGACAAAAUUUCGAAGGAAAAGAAGAAGAAGGAGAGAGAACGUAUUGAAUUGGAAAGUCAACUCGAUGCAGAGCUCAGAGCUGCUCAUGGAGGAGGAUCGAGCAAAUCUAAAAAGAAAAAGCCAGAGAAGCCGGCAUUUGUUGGUGGACUUCCAACUUCAUCUAUUCAAAUCGAUCCAGUUGUUUCAAAUCCGUAUAACUAUGAUCCCAGAAUGGAGAUGAUGAAGCUUGGAACUGGACAGCUCAAGUCAGCAUACAGAAAAACGAAAAAUAACGUCGAACUUCAUAUUGAAAAGAAUCUCUACAAGAUUGAGCCGAAACGAGGAAGUGAGGAAGGAAGUCAAAGCCGCGAGCAAAGUAUGGAACCAGAGCACAGUACUCCAGUUUUCACGACUUUUGAUGAUAUAAAUGAAGCAAAUAAUGAUCAUUACGAUGGACAGAAGCCUCCAACUAAAAGAGCUAAAUAUGAGGCAAUUAGUGUUGACACAUAUGAAACUCCAUCGUCUUCAAGAAAUAAAGAACACAAAGAAUAUCGUCCCAGUCCGAACGCUGCUCCAACUCCAUCACCAUCCCAUCAUCAAAAACCAAAACUUUCAUCUCCAGCAAUGGUCUCAUCGACAAACGAAUAUCAGUUACGAAAACACAUGUCGAGCGAACGGCGAAGCAGUGAUGCAGGAUCGGCAAUGAAAAAGGGCGUAUAUAUGCCUGCAAUGUCUCGUCAGGAUAAGAUGAUUGCUGAGGGAGCAUCUGCUCCCUCGUCACGUCACUCCUCGAUCUCAUCUGAACGUCGUCCGAGUUUCAUACCUGAUUUCAACUCUUCUCGUAAUUCAUCUAUUGAUACACCAUACACUCCGACUACUGUAACACCUUCAAGAUCUUCUUGGCUCCCGAACACGUCGUCCAUUAAUCGUCACUCAAUUGAAGAUGAUUCUCCAAUAGAUGUUGUCAAUGAUUCAUUAUCACCAAUAAAUAUAGCCAGCUCGCCGACCUACCCAACUGCAAUCACUCCACCACCGGUUACUCUCAGCGAUUUGAAGAAGGAUAUGUCAAAUGGACGCAAAAGUCAUAGUCAGCAUCAUGACGAUGGGCACAAGCACAAGAUUCCAUCAAAAGAAGCGAUUGCAGAGCUGAAGCUUCUCGUCGGAAAACUUAAAGCUAUCAAUGAUUCCUAGUUCUGAUCUGCUAUUCAACUAAGGAAUCGAUCGUCGCCUCUUUACAUUUUCAUUUACAAUUAUUUUCUUGUUUUUAACAAAAAUGUUCUUAAUCAACAAGUUCGGGCUCUGUCGCAAAAUAUAAGCUCUCAUUUUCCAACAUUUGUUUCUAUCUUAAUGUCCAUUAAUAUAUGGUUUUUGUUGUUAUCUCGUGUUAUUUUAAGUUCCAGCAUUUGCGAAAGUUGUCUGAAUUUCUUGAAUUAACACAUCCAUUGUUUUUUCAAGCUACCUCAAUUUGCAAUGUUAUUCAAACACCUAUUGCUGUUCAUUUUUCAUUCCAAAUUAUCUAUCUUUACCCGUUUUUUACUCCUCCCAUUUUUCAAAAAUAAUUUUAUCUGCAACGUCGUGGUCUGAUGAUGAUUCUCGUACAGAAAUUCUUUUUUGCAUCUCAAUGUUUCCAACUAAUUUCCCGUCGAUAUCCGUUGUUUUUUAUCUAUCGUAUUUUUUUAAAAACAAAUGCCAAUACCAAUUCACGAGAGCUUUACUUGCCUUGAUGAACCGUAUCUCUGUAUUCAUUUUUUGUUUACUUGAUCCUUUUCUAGUUUUUUCAUUUUAAUAAAGCAGACGUUAG